AUGACCAAAAAAGACGUGGAAAAGCGCGCUGCAGUUGUCAACAAUGGUGACACCAAAACUCUUCAACUCACCCUUGCAAUCAAUUGCAAGGGCCUCACACUCAAUAUCGCGGCUGAUAGAAACCACAGAGACACCAAAGUCACUUUUAAUGUCCACAAUAACAACACGCUUGCUAUUGCGCUCAGCUUUGAAGAACCAGGGACAGUGUGCGUCAACCUUACACCUGCGGCCACUCCAACCAUAACAUUUGAAGAGGAGGAAGAGUAG